CAGAAAGUAAAAGCGAUUGCAAACGAUAACCCUCUUUCUCUGCUUUUUCUCCAAAUUUGAAUUCGAUGGAAUUCAGAUACAGAGCCAUCGACAGUAAUCGGCCACCUCCUGCGACGGAGACGACUCCAUCUCAGUCGCCGAACCCGAGCUUCCCUUUCUUUUCGGCCCGAUCAAUGUCAGGAAAAAGUGAGGAACAAGUUCGGGAAGCGAUGAUUCAACGGGAAAUUGAGAAAGAAAAAAUCCGUCAAGAGAUCAUUAUUGCAGAAGCAGCGAGAAAACGAGAGCUUAUAGCUGAGGUUUUACAAGAGAUGGCUAUCGAGAGAGAGAUGUCGAUUAGACGAGUCUCUGACACCGGAAUGUCGCUUGAGGAGAAGCUCAUUAUGUGGAUCAAUCAAAGGAAGCUUCCAAAUCAGAAUCAGAAUCAGAACAACAACAACUUGUUCAAAGCUAAGUAUAGUUACAUUGAUUCUCUGAUCAACACAGGCUCUUACAACAGUCUAGUUACAUCACCAAUGAUGCAAUUGCCUCAACUCCAGCAAAUUUCUGAAGCUACUGGAACAUCAAUGUUGGAGUCUAACAAAGAGAAGUUGAUUGUAUUGAGUAGGGCUGAUCAUAUAGGAGCAAAGCCUAAAGCAGACAGUGUUGGUACCAUGCAAUUGCCUCAACUCCAGCAAAUGCCUGAGACUACUACCGGAACAUCAGUUUUGGAGUCUAACAAAGAGAAGUUAAUUGUAUUGGCUAGAGCUGAUCCUGUAGGAGAAAAGCGUAAAGCAGAGGAUACUCAAACUGGUUUGAACGAAGAUCUUCAAAUGAAAAGGCAGAAAUCAAAAGAAUCAGAAGCUAAGACGAUGUCUUUGGAAAGCGGAGAGAUAGUCUCUUCGAAGCUUCCUUGUUUGGGGAAACUUGGCUGUGGAAAGAAAGUAGAAAUCAAGGUAAGAAGUAAUUAUAAGUUUUGGUGUGAGAUUUGUAAAGUUGGGACCUAUUGUCAAACAGUCAUGCGAGAUCAUGAGUUAGGUAAAAAGCAUAAGGCUGCUGUUACACAACAGAAUGAAGCACCUGAAGCUGCUUCAACCUCCUUAUCCCCUGCCUCAGUUACAGCGCCGCAAUCAGAAGCUACUACAGUACGUGAAGAUGCUAAUCCGCAGGGAAAAGUGGAUGAAAUGUCGGCGAAAGAAACAACGGGAAAGACGACAGAAGGUGAGAAGAAAAAGAAAGGAACGUUUUGGUGCAAAACUUGUAAUAUUCAGACGAAUUCUGAGCAGACUAUGAGGAAUCAUACGCUUGGGAAAAAACACAUGGCUUUGAUUGGGAAACAGCAGAAGAAACUCAUUACCGUCCCAGUGAGAUCUUUAAAUGCUGAUCCCGGAGAGAAGGAAUCAGUUUCUAUAGCAAUGGAUGAUACAAAAGGUCAUAAUGGCAUUGACCUCUAAAGAAGGCCUAGGAGAGAAGCCAAAUAUGGUUUGCCUCGAGGCAUUUCAAAUGGUGGGGUCGAGUUUUGGCUAUAUAAAGACGACUACAUAAUGAAUAGUUCUUCUUGCAAUACAGCAGAUUCACAAAGAUCACAACACAUAUGACAGACAUGUCCCAUACAACAGAGAAUCACGAAAGACUGUUCUACUUAGCAUGUUAUAAAUUUGCAUCUAUUACAACAAAUUGAAUUAUUUGAAAAUCAGAUCUUAUUUCCAACUAAAAAUGUAAAGGUGCUUCAGAAGAAGAGUUCUUGCUUCUUGAGACUAGUGCGUUUCGUAAGGUUUAA